ACAGGAAUCCGUUGCGUGGAUCAACACAGGCCAUGUGAAAAUGGAGGGACAUGCCUAGAUUCACCUUUUCGAUGCAUAUGUCGUCCCGGAUUCAUUGGUCCUCUCUGUCAACACCUGGAUCCAUGUCUUCGAUCACAAUGUCAGAAUGGAGCAGCAUGCAAGAGCGAGGUGCUCAAUGGUGUCACACAGUACACUUGUGUGUGCCAGAGAGGGUUCAGAGGCCAAGACUGCUCCCUCAUUGAUGCUUGUGCGACAAGUCCCUGUGCCAACGGAGCCCGAUGCGUCAAUUGGAAUAACCAUUAUAACUGUUCCUGUCCGCCUGGCUUCCAAGGAAAGAACUGCCGCAAUGACAUUGACGAGUGCCGCAAGCCUGGUGUUUGCCUCAAUGGUGGAACCUGCAUAAACAUCCAUGGAUCCUUCCGCUGUCAGUGCCAGCCAGGCUACAGCGGGCGCACAUGUGAGGUGUCCACCUUGCCCUGUGCACCAUCUCAGUGCCUUAAUGGGGGCACAUGUCGACAGACCAGCGAUCAUUCCUAUGAGUGUGCUUGCCUACCAGGUUUUGAAGGACACAACUGUGAGAACAAUGUGGAUGACUGCCCAGGUCACAAGUGCAUGAAUGGAGGAAUAUGUGUAGAUGGAGUUAACACAUACAACUGCCAGUGUCCACCAGAAUGGACAGGACAAUACUGCGCUGAGGAUGUAAAUGAGUGUCAAAUGCAACCCAAUGCAUGCCAUAAUGGGGGUACUUGCUUCAACACCAUUGGUGGCCAUACUUGUGUCUGCGUCAAUGGCUGGACUGGAGAUGACUGCAGUGAGAACAUUGAUGACUGUGCAAUAGCUGUUUGCUUCAAUGGUGCCACCUGUCAUGACCGUGUAGCAUCCUUUUUCUGCGAGUGCCCAGUUGGAAAGACAGGUUUGCUAUGCCACCUUGAUGAUGCAUGUGUAAGCAACCCUUGCAAUGAGGGAGCAGUGUGUGACACCAACCCUCUUAAUGGCCGUGCCAUUUGUACCUGUCCUGCUGGCUUUGUAGGGGGUGCCUGCAACCAGGACAUGGAUGAAUGCUCAAUUGGUGCAAACCCAUGUGAGCAUUUUGGAAAAUGUGUGAACACAGAGGGGUCUUUCCAGUGUCAAUGUGGCCGGGGAUAUGCCGGCCCACGUUGUGAGAUUGACAUCAAUGAAUGCUUGUCCAUGCCCUGCCAGAAUGAUGCCACCUGUCUUGACCGGAUUGGAGAGUUCACCUGCAUCUGCAUGCCAGGCUACGUGGGCACAUACUGCGAGACUGAUGUGGAUGACUGUGAGAGUAACCCAUGCGUGAAUGAUGGGAUAUGUCGGGAUAUGGUCAAUGGCUUCACGUGCACAUGCCAGCCAGGGUUUACGGGUACCAUGUGUCAAAUAGACAUAGACGAGUGCGCCAGCACGCCUUGUCAGAAUGGAGCAAAAUGCUACGAUCGGCCCAAUGGGUUUGAGUGCCGCUGUGCUGAAGGUUAUGAGGGCACACUUUGUGAAAGUAACAUCAACAACUGUCAGCCCGACCCAUGUCACCAUGGUACCUGCAUUGAUGGCAUUGCCAGCUACACCUGUAACUGUGAACCUGGUUACACAGGGUAUCGCUGUGAGAAUCAAUUAAAUGAGUGCCACAGCAACCCUUGUCAGAAUGGGGGCAAGUGUAUGGACCAGGUCAACAAGUACAUCUGCCAGUGCCAACAUGGAACCUCGGGUACAAAUUGCGAGAUAAACUUUGAUGACUGUGCCAGCAACCCAUGUGACUAUGGCAUCUGCAAAGAUGGCAUUAAUCGCUAUGACUGUGUUUGCAAACCUGGCUUCACUGGUCCCAAAUGUAAUGUGGAAAUAGAUGAGUGUGCAUCUAGCCCCUGCAGGAAUGGAGGAAAAUGUAUAGAUGAAGAGAAUGGAUUUCACUGCCUGUGUCCUGAUGGCUUUAAGCCUCCUUACUGCUACUCUCAGGUGGAUGAGUGUGGCAGCGGCCCAUGCGUCCAUGGCUCGUGCAGGGACGACAUUAAUGGUUACCGCUGUGACUGUGAGCCGGGAUGGGUGGGAAAGAACUGUGACCUGGAUAGGAACGACUGUCUUCCAAGUCCCUGCCAGAAUGCUGGCACAUGCAUUGAUCAACUCAAUGGUUUCACCUGCAAGUGUCGCCAAGGCUUCAGAGGUAACCUCUGCCAGGUGAACAUCAAUGAAUGUGAGUCCAGUCCCUGUCUGAACAAGGGCACUUGUGUAGAUGGCGUGGCAAGUUUCACUUGCCUGUGUGAGCUUCCUUACAGUGGACCCACUUGUGCUGAAGUCCUUACUCCUUGCUCUCCUAAUCCCUGUGCCAAUCAUGCUGCCUGCAUCCACACACCAGAUUACAUGGGUUAUCAAUGCAAAUGCCCACCAGGGUGGCAAGGUCAGUUGUGUAACAGAGAUGUGAAUGAAUGUAUCUCAAACCCCUGCAAAAACCGUGGGACUUGCGCUAACACGCUCGGAGGGUUUGUGUGCUCUUGCAGAGCAGGAUAUACUGGGCUAACCUGUGAAACAGACAUCAAUGACUGUUCACCUAAUCCCUGCCUAAGUGGAGGUUCCUGUACAGAUGGUGUGGACUUCUUCCACUGUAGCUGUCUGCCAGGCUUUACAGGGUCUCAUUGUUCUGUAGAGAUCAAUGAAUGCCAAAGUUCCCCUUGCAAAAAUGGAGGCACUUGCACAGAUUAUGUUAACUCCUACACCUGUACCUGUAUGCCUGGGUUUACUGGCAUCCACUGCGAAACAAACAUCCCUGAUUGUACUGAAAGCUCUUGCUUCAAUGGGGGGACAUGCACAGAUAAAAUCAAUGGAUAUUCCUGUACUUGUCGCUCUGGCUUCACCGGGUCCCACUGCCAGUAUGAAGUCAAUGAGUGUGACUCCCAGCCCUGCCUCAAUGGAGGCAUUUGUCAGGAUGCCCUGGAGUCAUUCCGUUGCUCCUGCCCCAAGGGCUAUACUGGCAACCGUUGUCAGACGCCAGUUGAUUGGUGCAGGCGCGCAUCUCCAUGUCAUAAUGGAGGACGCUGCCGUCAAAAGGAUGCCUCAUUCAUCUGUGAAUGUACUGAUGGCUGGUCUGGCCGUUACUGUGACAUCCCUAGAGUCUCCUGUGAAGCAGCUGCCCGCCAAAGAGGGCUCCAGACGGAUGAACUAUGCCACCAUGGUGGUCACUGUGUUAAUACCGGGAAUACUCACUAUUGCAAAUGUCCUAAUGACUACACUGGAAGCUAUUGCGAAAAUCAAGUGGAUCAUUGUGAAGACAAACCUUGUCGCAAUGGCGCCACCUGCAGGGGAUAUGUGGGAGGAUACCAGUGUGAUUGUAUGCCAGGUUAUACCGGAAAGGACUGCGAGAUAGAAAUCAACGAGUGCCAGUCUCAUCCCUGCCAGAAUGGAGGCACUUGCAUUGAUUUGGUGGGACACUAUAUCUGCUCCUGUCCCCCUGGCACCCUGGGUGUUCUCUGUGAGAUCAACGAAGAUGACUGUGCUCCACACCCGAGGCUACGUAAUGCUCCUCCUAAGUGCCUAAACAAUGGCACCUGUGUAGACAGAGUAGGUGGAUAUCGCUGCAACUGUCCCCCUGGUUUCACAGGAGAAAGAUGUGAAGGAGACAUAAAUGAGUGUCUCUCUCAGCCCUGCAUCCCUUCCAACAGUCUUGAUUGCAUACAGUUGCCCAAUGACUACCAAUGUGUCUGCAAGCCCGGCUUCACAGGUCGGAGGUGUCAGAGCAGGUUCAGUGUGUGUGAGUCUCAGCCUUGUCAGAAUGGAGGAGUCUGUUCAAUAACUAGCAGCUCUUCUCAGGGAUACACCUGCACAUGCCAACUUGGUUAUGCAGGGCCUAAUUGUGAAAGAAGCAUGUCCUGUCGGGAGCUAUCCUGCUACAACGGAGGUAGAUGUUCACAUACCCUAAGAGGGGCUCGUUGCACAUGUCUACCAGGUUAUGGUGGACCCCAGUGUCAGGAUCGCAGCAAUGAUGGGUGCUCAGCCAUGCCCUGCCGCAAUGGAGGACUAUGCACUGAAGAGACCAGCUUCCCAUAUUUCAACUGUCAGUGUAUCAGUGGAUGGAAGGGCAAACGAUGUGAGCAGCGCAGCAGAACCACUGACCCUCCAGUCCCCUCAUGCCCUCUGGCAGACUGUGCUGCCAAAGCUACAGAUGGUUUUUGUGACAAACAAUGUAAUUCAUUACCUUGUCACUGGGACGGCGGUGACUGCUCUCUAGCGAUGAAGCCCUGGGAUAAAUGUGGAGACCCACACUGCUGGCGUGUCUUCAACAAUAGCCAGUGUGACGAGUCCUGUAACAACGCUGACUGUCUGUAUGACAACUUUGGCUGCAAAACUAAGGAGAACGUUUGCAAUCCAAUAUAUGAAGCCUAUUGCAUCGACCACUAUGCUGAUGGAAAAUGUGACCAGGGCUGCAACACAGAAGAGUGUGGUUGGGACGGCCUGGACUGUGCAACGAAAAUUGCAGAAAAACUUGCUGAGAACGUCUUGGUUUUGGUUGUUCUAAUGCCUCCAGAGGAGCUUCUUCGCACCGGGACAGUUUUUCUGCAGAAAUUAAGUGCUAUCCUACGCACUUCAGUCCGUUUCCGGCUAGACAGCAAUGGAAAAGCUAUGAUCCAACCCUACACCCGCGAAAGUGCACGCAUGAAGCGGGAGCUGGAAGUCAUUGGCUCGAUAGUCUAUGUAGAAAUAGACAACCGCUUAUGCACGGAGGACUGCUUCUUUACAGCUGACAGUGCUGCAGAGUACCUUGGAGCUCUGUCAGCAGUAGAAGGGCUCCAGUUCCCCUACCCCCUUAAAGAAGUCCGUGGUGUAAAAAUCAAUGGCCCCCCUCAACCCCCCUUCUAUCUGAUGGUGGUGGGGAUAGCUUCUGUUUUUCUUUUAGUCAUCCUUAUCAUAGGUAUGCUGAUUGCUCGCAGGAAAAGAGAGCACAGCACCCUGUGGUUCCCUGAAGGCUUCUUCCUCAAGAAGGAGCCCAGCAGCAACAAAAACCGCAGAGAACCUGUGGGCCAGGAUGCUCUGGGAAUGAAGCACAUGCCAAAAACUGUGGAAGAAUCUCUCCUUGGAGAUCAUAGUGACCAGUGGAUAGAUACAGACUGCCCAGAACCAAAAAGGCUCAAGGUUGAGGAGCCAAGUAUGCUUUCAGAUGCUGAAGAUACAGUGGACUGCAGACAGUGGACACAGCAUCACCUUGCAGCUGCAGAUAUCCGUGUGCCUCCCACCAUGCCCCUCACUCCACCCCAAGGAGAAUUUGAAAGUGACUGCAUGGAUGUUAAUGUCCGAGGCCCAGAUGGUUUUACACCUCUGAUGCUGGCAUCAUUCUGUGGAGGUGGCUUAGAGUCUGAGGUAGCAGACGAGGAGGAGAAUGAAGAGUGUUCUGCCAACAUCAUCUCUGACCUAAUCUACCAGGGUGCAUCCCUUGCAGCCCAAACAGACCGCACUGGUGAGACAGCCCUUCACCUGGCUGCUCGCUACGCACGUGCUGAUGCUGCCAAGAGGCUGCUGGAUGCUGGAGCAGAUGCCAAUGCUCAGGACAACACGGGACGCACCCCACUACAUGCUGCUGUAGCUGCAGAUGCACAGGGUGUCUUCCAGAUUCUGAUCAGAAACCGAGCCACGGAUCUUGACUCACGUAUGUACGACGGAUCAACAGCACUAAUCUUGGCUGCACGGCUGGCAGUAGAGGGCAUGGUAGAGGAGCUCAUCACGUGCCAUGCAGAUGUUAAUGCAGUUGAUGAGUUGGGUAAAUCUGCCUUGCACUGGGCUGCUGCCGUCAAUAAUGUGGAUGCCACUAUUGCCUUGCUCAAGAAUGGUGCAAACAAAGAUAUGCAAGAUCUUAAGGAGGAAACCCCACUGUUUCUUGCAGCCCGUGAGGGCAGCUGUCAGGCUGUGAAGGUGUUGCUGGCUCACUUUGCAAACAGAGAAAUCACAGACCACAUGGACAGGCUGCCAAGAGACAUUGCUCAAGAGCGUAUGCAUCAUGACAUUGUACAGCUUCUUGAUGAAUAUAACACGGUGAGGAGCCCCCAGGGCCAUGGCGGAGCAGGUCACCACCUCACUGGGGGACACACCUUGUCUCCUCUUAUGUGCCCUCCCAGCGCUUUUCUACCUAAUCUGAAGAACACCCCACAGGGUAAGAAAAACCGUCGGCCUGGGGCCAAAGGUUCUAGCCUGGGAGGCCAGCAUGCCGCUAGCCUGAAGGAGUCAGUGAAGGCCCGCAAUAAGAAGCUAACCCUGGACAUGCAGAGUGCCUUACUGGAGAGCUCAGUUACUCUGUCCCCAGUUGACUCGCUGGACUCACCUCAUGGGGGAGCUAGCAAUGCUGGCUACAUCACCAACCCCACGUCUCCAGUCGCCAUGCAGUCACCAGGGCUUUUCCACCCAUCAGUGUCUGUGCCAAACACCCCGAUGGUACAUGGCAGCAUGUUAGAGGGAGGUGGCCCCUUUGCAGUGUCUCUAGCCCAACUCAAUGAUCUAGGAAGUGGAGGAAUGUCCUUGCAGGGACGCGUCUCUAUGACGUCAGAUAUCAACCAUGGCUAUGUGCUGAAUUCAAGCCAGAUGGGGCUAAAUAUGGGCAUGGUCAGUCCUGUCAGCGUGCCCUUUGAUUGGCACAAUCGCAUGCCCCCUUCAUCCCAAUGUGGUCAACAGGUAGUGAAUAUUGUGCAGAGCAGCCAGGCAGGCAUGCACCCCCAGAGUCCAGCCAUGCAGCAACAGGGCAUGCUGAUGCACCAACAGCAGAUCUACCGUAAUCCCAUGCUGCAGCCAACACCUGUUACCUCCACACCCACUAUAAGCCCUGUAAAGCUGCCUUUGAUUGCUGAGCAACAGCAGCAGCAACAGCAGCAACCACAGCAACAGCUCAUGAAUCACAACAUUACCAACCAGCAAAGCAUGGCUUCCGCCCCACCAACACCCCAGACAUCACAGGCCCCACCAGCCUUCUUCCAGCAGCAGCAGAUGCCUCAGCAGUCCUCCCAGCCACAGCCUCCUGCUCAGGUCCCCCAGGCAGCCACAUCAGCAGCUCAGCCAGCUCAGGCUCUCCCCUCCCAGCCUAGUGGUAGCAUGGCAGGAAAGGAGGAUUAUCCUACCCCUCCCUCCCAGCACAGCUAUUCAUCCACAAUGGAUGCCACACCCAAGCAUUACCCUCAUUUGCCCAGUGAGCACCCUUACCUGACACCGUCUCCAGAGUCUCCUGAGCACUGGUCCAGUCCUUCUCCUCACUGCGUCUCCGAUUGGUCGGAUUCCACACCCAGCCCAGCAGUUGCUGUCCCUGCCCAGACCCAAAUUACUCAAAUUCCAGAGGCCAAUGGCAAGAUGCAAGUUUUUGCAUGAAGAUCAUAUAGCCUCUGCUUGAAAAUGGACCAAGGGUGAAAGAAUUUGAGGACUGGCUCUUGGGUCUGUCUGUGUUUUUAUGUGUCAGCCUGUUUCCAAGAUUUUCAUUGGAUUUGGAUUGACUGCUUAUCACGAGGAUUGUCUGCUGGUCGAUUUUGCAGAGAAAAAAAGUAAAGGGAUAUGUGUGUUGUCUGAAAAAACAGCAGACAAUUUAAUGAAGUAAUUCUGUCACAGAUGGACUUGUUUUUUAUUAUAAAAAAAAGUAUAUGAAGAAAACCAAGUCUUUCAUUUCAAAGACUUGGGACAUUCCUAAAAACUAACAAACAUUUAAAAGUAGAUAAGAGGAAAAGUGAAAUGCUGAAGGGAAUUCAUUUAUUUUUAUUUAUUGUCUUAUCUAAACUACUUUUUAGUUCUUUUUCUCUGUCCUAGCUACUCAUAUAAAGUGUCACCCCAAGAUUAAAAACAGAUUGAAAUGAAAAACAAAAAACAAAAACAUUUCAAGAAUUGCCCUGCAAUUGUGAUAUCUUCAGCUGAUUUGUGGUUUUCCAUAUUAGUAUUAUGAACAAGAAUGUAGAUAAGUGUCUCUAAAGCACUUCAAACGACCAGCCCAAUAGGGCAAGUGUGCGUCCGGUACAAAAUUAUUAAAAUGGAUAUUUAUAAUAUAUGGGUGGCAUUUAAUCCAUGGUAAUUUUCUUUAUCACCUUUCAAAAUGAGGUCAGCAGAGUAAAGUUUUAGUUAAUGCUUCCAUUUGUAGCUUCUUACUGACACUGAAGUGUAUGUACUGCCAACCUUGAUAGCUUCAGUUUUAAGGCAUGUUUAUAUUCACUUUAAAAGAAAUAUGUUUCAAACAGAACUGUUUUGCCUAUAAAAUCAGCCGCUCACUGCCGUUAUGUUUUACUUUGCUUUAUAUUCUGUAUAUUUUUUUAAACACCAUUUCAGAUAUGCUAAGCUUUGCUUGUAUCAGCUGCUAUUUUUUUUAGUCUUCCCUGCAAAACAUUCCUCCGUGUUGCUGGUCUUAUUGAGUCUGGAUUCUGCACCACUCAGUGGGAUCCAGUACAGAACAGAACACAGACUAGCAGAAUUUGUUAAGCUUGUGAUGUCCCUGAUCAGACUAAAUGGACUAUUUGCAGCAGUUAAGAUCUCGGUGGCACUCUCACCUUGUCUACGGUGACGUAGUGGUCAGCAUGAAGGCGUGGCUACUGGGUUGUAACUGCUUAUGCCCUGUCACUCCUCAGGGAGGUGUUUUAUGGCAUGCAGUGGGAUAGUGCCCCUGCAUCUACAGUAGUAUCAGUCCAGGGGCUAUGUGGUUGCAUCUUAAGAUGAAUGUUAAAAUAGACCCAAGGAAAAAAACACUACCAUGUAGUGUUGUUCCCUAUAACUUUUUUGCUAAAUUCUGAGAUGACACUGUCAUUUAGCUAACCGAGAGUUGACCAAGUCUUUUAUUUCAUUGUGACAUCCUUAACAUUUUGUGGGCAUUUCAACAUAAAGUCAGAUAAUAAUAGUAGAAUUUUACAAAAGUAAGUUUCGCAUGUUUAUUUUGUGACAACAUGAACAGAAAUAAGUUGGCCACCACUUUAGUGUGUCAUAGACUUAUUAUAUCUUUCAUUUAUUGUUUAUUCUGUUCAUUAUAGAAUCAGCUACUGUUCUGCCAGACCUGAGACACAUGUUCACAGUCCAGUUCACAUCUUACUUACAAUGAAAACAGUUUUUUGGCUGUUUAUUUGUUUAUUUUUAUAUAUAACUUGUUUUACAAUUUCUCUACCAGGCCGCACUAAGUGUUUUGUACAUUUCAAUCUCUCAAGUUCUGUUUGUAAAUAUGUUUGUUCUGGGUAGAUCAUUGCUUGAGAAAUAUUGUUUCUAAAAUGAUUGUUGUGUACUAAAAGGACAAAAAUAAAAUGUACUUCAUUUAGCAUUAUUUCAA